AUGUCAAGAAAUGGAGGUAAUAAUACAGAGAAUACUAUAACCACUAGAUCACAAAGAAUAUCAUUUAGACCAAGACCAAUUGAUAUAUCAAAACCAUUACCAAUUAUAAGGACGGCUAUUGAUGAUGAUGAAUCGACAGUAUCUAGACUAGUGCCAAUCAUACCAACAGGUAUGGAAGCAGCAGAAGAAGGUGAAACACAUUUACAAGACAUCAUUCAAGCAUCGGUUAAAAUGAGACAUGAUCAAUUACCCGAAAUCCCAAUUCCAGUGGUUAACGUAGUGGCAGGAUAUGACCAAUCGUCGAAUCCUCAACCUUUCUCAAUUGGUUCCACCUAUAUACUGUAUCAUGAAAAGACCGAAGAUGAGUGGGACCAAGUAUGCGAAUACGACGCAGAUGACGACGAUGAAGAGUUUGUCCAACAAUUAAACCAAACCGCAAUGAAUUCCACCAACUUUCCACCAACCAAGAAGCCCAUACUCUCUGUGGACAAAUUCGAGCAAAUUAUCGAUCGUUUCGAAAAGGAUUUCUACUACUACGGUCAAUGUGAUCAAUUAAAGUCUGAACAAAUCUGUAAAGGUCUAAGACCACAAUUUGCUCAUAUGAUUCAUCAACAUUGGUUAUCGAAAAGAAAGCAACUCACCAACAACACACUCAUUCGUCGUCUGUUGAAACCACCCGAUCGUGAAGAUCCUUCACCUUUCAAAGCGUUUAGAACUCGUGAAAUCGACAAUAAUAAAUUGAAAAAGGCGAGAAAGAAUGAUGCUGCCUCUCUCUUAAAGAUGACUCAAUUACGUGAAGAAAUUGAAAAAACUAGAAUAAUCUUGGAAAUGAUUAAAAAGAGAGAAAAAUUAAAAAAAGAUCAUUUAAAUCUAGUUUCACAAUUAUAUAAUAAAUUAAUUGAAUUGGCUCAAAUUAGACAAGAAGAAGAUGAUUUAAUACCCAAUUCAACUUCUUCAACUACUUCCACUAAUAUUAAUAAUAUUUCAUCAUUAUCAUCUUCUUCUUCAUCUUCAUCAUCUCAUAAAAAGAAACAUAAAGAUAAAUCAUCUUCAUCAUCUUCAUCUUCAUCAACUGUCUCAAUUAAUAAUAAUAAUAAUAAUAAUAGUAGUAGUAAUAGUAAUAACAAUAAUAAUAAUAAUAAUAAUAACAAUAAUAAUAAUAAUAAUAAUAACAAUAAUAAUAAUACAAUUAGUAAUAGUAAUAAUAGUAGUAGUUCAUCAUUAAUUUCAAGUAGUGGUCAUUCAAAUUUACAAUCAAUCUUAUUAAAUCAAAAGAACCCAACCGGUCCAGUAUUUACCGAAUCACAUGGUAUGCCAAUACCCAAUAGUAAAGCACGUCAAGAAGGUUAUCGUCACUUUGUUGUUAAACCUGGUGAAUUCCCAACACCAUCAUUAGAAAAACAAUAUGGAGAACAUUCAAGAUCUGAAAAAUCAAAACCACCUUCAAUUACAUCUGAUACAAAUACAACAUCAUCAUCAACAUCAUCAUCAUCAUCAAAUAAUAAUGAGAUUAUUAUGAUUGAUGGUGAUAAUACUAAUAUUUUAACAGAAAAAGAUAAACAAAUUAAUCAACAACAAAAACAAAAACAACAACAACAACAAUUACAACCACCACAACCAUUAACAAAAGAAGAAGAAAUUGAAAGAGAGAAAAGGAAAUUUCAAAUGGAUUAUUUCAAUUCAAUAUCAAUACCGACAUCAAAAGAUUAUUAUCAACGUUUAGGUGAUAAUUAUGAAGAUGAGAAACCUGCAUCACAAAUAACUGCAGGUAUAUCAGGUUCAUCAAUUUCCACUGAUAGUGAAAGUGAUGUUGAGAGUGAUUUCGAAUAUAAUCAAAGAAUCGCACCAAUACCACCAACUAGACCACCUACCAAUGGUAAAGGUGUACCAAUUUAUCCAUCACUAAGUCAAGGUUACAUCUUUGUUAAUCAUAAUUAUCCACCUGUAUUAGGUCGUGUUAGAUUAGGUCUCUAUGGUAGAACUUAUAUAGAUUAUAUACCUUAUAAUAACGAUAAUAGUAAUGACGAUGACGAUGAUGACGAUGUUGAUAACAAUAUUAAUAAUGAUAAUAAUAAUAAUAAUAAAAAUAGUAGUGGUAAUAAUAACAAUAAUAAUAGAUCAAGAGGUAAAGGUAAAAACAAUAGGAGUGGUGGUAAAUCAAAGCCAACUUCCAUAUCAAAUCCUUCUUUAGUUGCACCUCAAUCUUAUCAAUUCAUUGAUGUUCAACCUUUACAACGUUUAAAUCAUAAUCAACAACCAACUCAACCAAAUUCAUCACAAAUAAUAACUCAAAAUAUCGAAAACACAAAUAAUAAUAAUAAUAAUAAUAAUAAUAAAAAUAAUAAUAAUAAUGACAUUUUGUCUAACAUCCCUUUAUGUAGUAUUUCAUCAUCAAUAAUAACCACCGAUUCAAAUCACCUUUUAAAUAUUAAAGAUAAGGGUGACUCAAAUUUAUCCGAAAAUUUAAAUAAUAAUAAUAAUAAUAAUAAUGAUAAUAAUAAUGAUAAUGAUAAAAAUAAUAAUAAUAAUAAUAGCGACUCUUUUACCUUGGCUGAAAAUAAAAUUAACAAUACGAAUUUAGAUAAAAUCGACAGUGUUGCCAAUUCAACCGAAAUCAAUAAUACUAAUACUAAUACUAAUAAUAAUAAUAAUAGUAAUAGUAAUAAUAAAAAUGAUGAUAAUGAUAAUAAUAAUAACAUAAUAAAUAAUAAUACUAUUAAUAGCGAUAAUGAUACCAAUAGCGAAGAGGGUAAUAAUAAUAAUAAUAAUAAUAAUAAUAAUAAUAAUAAUAAUAAUAAUAAUAAUAAUAAUAAUAAUAAUAAUAAUAAUAAUAAUAAUAGUAAUAGUAAUUUAAAAAGAAAAUUUCAGGAAACUAUAAAUACUAAUGGCACAAAUGGAGUAACUAAUAAAAAUAUCAAUGUUGGUAAUAAUGGUCCAACUAAAACUGCCAAGAUUUUAGAUUUUGAAGGUUUUGAAGUUAUAAAAAAUGGAAAUGAGGAAAGUAAUAAUAAUAAUAAUAAUAAUAAUAAUAAUAAUAAUAAUAAUAAUAAUAAUAAUAAUAAUAAAAAUAAUAAUAAUAAUAAUAAUAAUAAUAAUAAUAAUAAUAAUAAUAAUAAAAAUAAUAAUAAUAAUAAUAAUAAUAAUAAUAAUAGUAAAAAAACACCAUCAAAAAAAAAUUCAACAACUCAAACACCACCCCCACUAAAUCCGAAUAGUUCUAUUGAAAAAUACUUUACAAAGAAGCAGGUACCGUCGUCGUAG